AUGAACGCUGGAAUGAGCUAUCACAACCAGGUCAUAAAUGAUCUGGGAGUUUCCCAGCGUCUGGGGAACUCAGUGCUUUCUGAACUGGACUAUCGAGCCAACUUUAAAUCGAGCAAUCCGAAGUCAAAUAAUGUCUUGGGUUCCAGCUCUGGUGAUCAUGACGAGCUUCGAGGACGGGACCGGUUCCAAUCGACGCACCGAAUGAACUUUGAUACCAUGGAUUCCAUCGAUGGCCAUUAUGCUGCAAGAAAAGGUUCGACAGACGAUGCAAACCACCAGCCCAAUCACAACAAUCCAGACACCAGCGAUAACGGAAACACAAUGGCAGUACCGGCCACGCCGAAACGAGAAUCCGAAGGUGUGAACUCAAACUCGACCUCAAACAAACGGAUGCGAGACUUGGAGGGACGUUGUCGAGAUAGCGAUGCGUUUAUUCACAGUCCUGUCUCUGACAUCACUAGAAGAAUACGAAGGCUUCGGGUCCGAAACAGCAGCCAAACACGCCGAAUCAAUCAAGAAAGGAUCAACAGCGUGCGUAACACUCCUUUAAAUCCCGUUCACAGACACAGUUUCGAGCCGCACGCUACUUUCGCAAAACCUACAUUUACUUCUAUCAGCCGAGAGACCAAGCCUGGAGCUAUAUUCUCGAGGCUGAAGAAGCCAGACAAUGCUAACAAGUCAAUUUCAUCUUUCAGGAAAGGAAACACCCCGAAUCAAACGACUUCACAGCCCGCAGUACCGAAACACACACCCGUUGUGGCCCCAUCUUCGGUAUUCCAACGUCUUUACGAACAAAGUACAAUAUCGAGAUCUAAUUCGAGUCAAACGAUAACAAAUUCUGCCGGAACAAAGGCCCCAGCAGUGCCGCCCAAGAAGACUUCAACAAUGCGUUCAUCCCAGACGAUGAGAAAUCUGCGACAAGAAGAAACGCCGCCGCUGAAAACAAGGAUGCCAAAAUCAAAAUCAAGCUACGUUUUGUCCACUGAAGCAAAAAAUAGUACCACCAAGCUUCCCAAGAGCACAAGUGCGAAUCAGAUCAAGCCAUUAUGGAGAUAA